AUGUUCCUGUUUACAUUUUUCUUCAACGGAUUUCGGAUCAUGGCGCUGCACUGCUUCGCCUCGCAUAUAAUUAUCCGCAAAUCGAAGCAGACUCUUGUCUGCCAACAAAACCACGCCUCCUGUUACCUGGCACGGUGUGGCUUCGAUCAACUCCUCACUCAGCGGCGCACGGAAUGCACACAACGCAAAAUCUUUGACUUCUUUCCUCAUUAUUCCGUCAUGAUCGUCAAAUACCUACUGGACAAUCUUAUUGGCGAGAUGUUGCUAGCGGCCCGUAUAUGCCUGAAAGAGUUGACCCUAUUUGAGCCCCAUAGUUUAGCCUCGAUCGAUCAUUUGAAACUUGGAGAGGCCAAAUAUUUCGUGACUCGUGACUUUGUGUCAUGCGAUUAUGUAGAUGAUUACGUGGAUGACUCGUACGAUCCUGUAAGCAGUCACCGCGCACUUUUUCAGUCAGACAUGAGCUACUCGGAUUCCACCAAAUCAAAGAGCAACUCUGACAUCUCACUAGCUUCAGAUCCCUUCAAAAGAGCUGUCCAGGUGGAUGGUGACAAGCGCAUCUCAGAAGACCACUCCGAGGCGACCAGAGAGUCUACAAAGCAACAUUCGACCGACGCCAAGUUAAAGCAAACCCGACAUUCCGACCCCAGAACGGGUCCAACUUGCCUCAUUGAAAGGAAAUAUCAUUUACUUCAAGCAAUUGUCCAGGAAUACUCACGGCUUGUCGGAUUGACGCUAGAAGAGUUUGAAAUUACUGGUGUUUGGUCCGAUGGUUGUGGGGAAAUAAGAAGGGCCUACGACGAGGCAGUAGACGCCCUUGAGUGCUGUCGAAUCCACUUGGAGUUGCUAGCCGCCACAGCUGUGGGGGAAGGCGAAAACACCUCAGGUCUCAUUCCUGAAUCAAAAAGGUCCCUCGCGCCCAAAGAAGGUACGAAUUCUCUUUCACCGAAGGCUUUGCGCAAUCUCGUCUAUGGCAGUUUACAAAACAUUGUACAGGCACACGACAAGCAACGCAAAUACUCCACUGGAGUUCUGGAUUUUUCGAAAAAAUCAAGGCAGCGGGUCCAUUCGAGGUGGCGCGCUAGGAGUGUCCCCCGAGAGCUCUCUCUGGCGGAGGCUGCGCGCGGUCACAGCCCAACGCCGGUGCAGUGGCGUUCCACCUUGCGAGGCUGGUUCUCCGUCAAGACCCUCACUGGGAGUCUGUUUUCACUAAAUGCCAAGUCACUGGCAGGUGCUCAAAAGCACGCCAAAGCAAACAACGGACAGCCGGCAUCCCUUUUUGAGGCGGACCCCGCAAAACCCAACGGUCUUAUUACUUGGAAAAGCGUGGACAGCGCCGCCCAAGAGAAGAGGCUCAAGGCGACUAUGAUGCGUUCAAUGGACACCCUGAGAUCAAGGAAAUUGGGAAAAAAUUGCGAGGACUGUGAUGCUGAACAACGCAAUACGCUGAUACGCCUUUAUACUGAAAGUGAACAACCAAAAGAGGCGCUGCAGACGUCGUGGUCGCGACGAAAGUGUCGGCGCACCUCGACCGAGGCGUCUGCGCCUUCACAGCAUCGCCGGGCGAUCCACGAAGGCGACAGGCCGCGUCUCCCCUCCACCCCACUCGUUACCCACCGGCAGUCCAAUGGAGGUACCUCCUGUUCCUCGCUGAAUCGAUCAGUCAGCUUAAAUGGAGAAGUGCAUUCGCAUGAACCCACAUUCUCAAGCCCUGAGCCACCCGGUGGCCCGAUUUCUAAACUCUCCCGGUGUCCCACCUGCUCAACCCGUCCACUCGAAUUCGCAAAUUCCUCCAAACUCAAAGUCUCCUAUCCCUCUAUUUUUUCUAAAUCAACUUCCAACACUUCCAAUGGGACGCCUCUAAAUGCGCCUUAUCAUAAUGGCAACGCGCAGGCUGGUGUUUCCACCGAAUCGGUCAACAUUUUUGAGAGCUCCAUGAUUCCUUAUGGUGACACUGAACCUGUGCGCAUGGCACAGCCAAGCAUGUGGAGGGGUUCGCUGCUCACCGUAGUGAUCAUUUCCCUUUCGGAAGCAGUGACUGAGACUCGUGUUGAGGUUAUUAUUGAGCUUACCGACUAUGAGAAUUUUGAUGACCGCACUCACCAUGGGAGAGCUUGUGACUUUAGCUUCCUUCCUUUCCUUGACUCCUGUGACCCGCAGUUUUCGAUUGAUGUUACCGGAGUGUGGAUGGCAAAUCAGAGCGCAAAUUACACCGAACCGAUUAUCUCCGAUCAGACGCAACCGCACAUUAAUACAAGACGACUUCGCUCCGUUUACUACAUGAAGAAACAGCUGAGCUCAUUGCCGAUCGAGGUGGAAUUUCAUGUUGUCGUCGAUGACAUCGACCCAAAGGGAUCCACGCUGAUAGAAGACAUGGAGUACAAAGUCCAACUAAACGGCACGACAAAGCAAAGACUUCAACUAGGAAAACAUGUGAAGUUAACAUUGGGUUUUGAGUUCAGAUGUUUGCCAACGUUUUACGGACCGCGUUGUGAGGUGCUGUGCCAACCGAAACCACUGCAGUGGGACUGCGACACCAAAAGCGGAGCUCAAAUAUGCCUAGUUGACUGUGGACACGGCACCUGUGAGAUUCCCCCACCAUCUGGUCCUGCUUGUGCCUGUUUGAUUUCGGAAGCCGAAAUUAGGCUCGUGGGAGUCAGCAUUCAAGCGAUUUACCCACUGAAGCCAAUGCCGAUGACGAACUGGAUGGCCAAUGUGAUGGACCUCAGUGAAGCAAAUCGAAGUUGGUGGCAAUUCGAAAGUGGCAUUCGCUUGCCUCGCUUGAGCUUCUCGUCGAGCUGCAUGUGUGAGGGACGAACUUCAUGCGAAGUGCCUUUGCACCUCGCCCACGGCUAUCGUCGCUGCUGGGGUCUGCUAAAUUUGGCCAAAAGUAGAUUACUUGCCGCCUCAAAUCUAAUGUACACGGCUAACACGUCGCGCCCACUCCCUCCACCGUCCAUUUCAUCACCGUCAGCAGAAGACAACGAGUACCUUCUACAACGCGACCACCCCCAAACACAACCUCCCUUUCACCCGCAACAAAUCUCCCUCUACCCACUCCCUCCUCCAUUACCUUCACAUGCUACGUGCGACGGAGAGAUUGACGAGGGCUCUGCAUACGAGGAGUUAGAGGGUGAUGCGUACCAGGUACCCAAAGAAUGCCAAGACGACUACGCAAUCAUGGCCUCCAUUCCUCCUCCAUCCCCUCCUCGCAAAUGCGUCAGCUGA